CUUUCACUUUCUGCAGCGCAGCUGCGAUCGGGGACGGCUGCGAUGGCUCCAGCGCUGGCUCUGGGGGUGCUCCUGGGGCUCCUGGGGCUCCUGGGGCAGCCGGGGGGCGCGACCAAAGUUCUCCACUCCCUGCGUUACCUGUUCAUGUCGGUGUCGGAGCCCAGCCCAGGGGUCCCCCAGUUCAUGAUCCUGGGGUCCGUGGAUGGGAUCCCCUUCACACGGUACGACAGCGAGCGGGGCCGGAUGGAGCCGCUGACACAGUGGAUGAAGGAUGGAGCUGAGCCGGGAUAUUGGGAUAGGGAGACCCAGAUCAAUGAGAGGAACCAGCACAAUGCGGCUGUGGACCUGGAGACACUGCGGGGCCGGUACAACCAGAGCAGGGGUCUCCACACCAUACAGUGGCUUACCGGCUGUGACCUCCUGUCGGACAGGAGCGUCCGUGGAUCCUACAGAUAUGGGUAUGAUGGGCGGGAUUUCAUCUCCUUCGAGCUGGCAUCUGGGAGAUUUGUUGCAGCUGACGCGGCUGCUGAGAUCACCAGGAGGCGCUGGGAAGAUGAAUGGAACGAGGUUGAGGGUUGGACAAAUUACCUGAAGCAUGUCUGCCCAGAAUGGCUCCAGAAAUACGUCAGAUACGGGCAGAAGGAGCUGGAGCACAAAGAGUCCCCUGAUGUCCAUGUGUCCGGAAAAGAGGAACACGGGAUGCUGAUCUUGUCCUGCCACGCCUACGGAUUCUACCCCAACACCAUCACAGUCAACUGGAUGAAGGGAGAUGACAUCUGGGAUCAGGAGACGGAGUGGGGUGGGAUCCUUCCCAACAGUGACGGCACCUUCCACACCUGGGCCAGGAUUGAGGCGCUGCCGGAGGAGCGGGACCUGUACCGGUGCAGGGUGGAGCAUCCUGGAAUGCUGGAGCCCAGGAUCUUCACUUGGGAGCCGACAUCUGGCGGGAAUCUCACCGUGGUGGACGCUGUGUGUGUCAUUGCUGCCAUCCUUGUCAUUGCCCUCAUUGGAUUAAUUGCCUGGAAGCUCCAAUCCGGGAGGAGGGACAGGAAUGGAUACAACAUGGCAGCCGAGAAAGAUGUGGGAACCAAUGGCUCAACCACACGAAUCACCGCCUGAGCAAUCCAUGGAGCUGGAUCCAGCCCCUUUCCUCUUCCCAGGAAAGCUGAGAGUUCCUGGCAGAGCUCAUCCUGCUGCUCCCACCUGCACGCAUUGCUACUGGAUCCAUUUCCUGUUUUUCCAUGUUUUAAAGCCAAGAACCACAAAGAUUCCCAAUGCUUUAGUUCUGGUAUGAAACUGAUGCCUUAGGAAGGCUGACCUGAGACAGAGACUGGACAGAGCUAGAAAAUUAGUUAUUUAUUGAAAGGCCUCCGGGAUCUACCUUGGGCAAGGCAGGAGCCUGACCAGGGCUCACCCAGGGUGGCCACCAAAGAAAGAUGGCAUUGGGGUCACAAGAUGUUACAUUUUUAUAAGUUUUGGUCUAUUUGCAUAUUGGGGUUUAAUUGUCCGAUUACAGCUUCAGGUUGUGAGGUCCCAUCCUUCUUGUUCCUCCCUUCAGCCCACCAUGGUUUGUGGUGUUGGACUGAAAAUUGUCCUUGGUCUCCAGCAGGAAAAGGAUUUGUUUUGCCUCCCUACUCUGUGAAGAGAGCUUACUGGCACUUAAUAUGAGGCUCAGAGCUACAUCCCUAGGCAGCAGAGAAUCUGAAAACAUGAAAGCUAAUGCUUAAGGCACCAUUUCCCCCCUUUAGAGGCUUGACAAGGCCUUUUCCUUGUUAAGUCUCUAUUCCAAAUAUCUACUAACAACAGGUAUUCAAUGACAGAUACGUGUCUAACAGUAGUAAACAACUAACAAGAAUUAACAUCUAACCAUCGAUAAACAUCUACUAAUAGUAAUCUGACACUAGUAAAUAUCUAAUAAUAGAUAAAUAGUAACAAUAAAAUAAUGGAUAACAGUAGAAACAUUUAGCAAUAGUAAUGUCUUGUAUAGUUAGGUAUCAGGCAAAGAAGAAUAAUGAUUAUUUGGUGCAGUUCUACAAGUACAGAGGGGGAAUGAUUUAAAGCAUUGUCUUGGUUUUGAAAGCCAGUUGUCUGCCAAGGAAAGCUAGAGCCUCCCUUGGAAUGGAGAAUGUAAACGCCUUUCUUUCCAAAUUAUUAUAAUUUUGCAAUUAGGGGCUUUCAGGCAAAGAUAGGGGAAUAGGAGUAACAGUUCUUUACUAGGAAUGAGUCAUGGAUUAGUAAAGUUUGGUUUUUUAGUCAUAGAGGAAUGUAGAAUGAUCCUCUGGGUCAGGACCUGGGAAUUGCUUUGGAAAGGACAGGGACCUAUCAGGGGGUUAGUUGGAAUAUUGGCAUCUGUUUUCACCACUGAAAAUUGUUGGCUACAACUUCGGGAAUGUCCUAGGUUACAAAGUAAGAUGUGCCCAAAGUAUGUAUUCUAUCACCAUCUACAUGAAAUGUUGAAACUAAGUUGUGCACUGUUUCCCUUGCCCCCUCCCUCCAGACUAUCUUCUGUUAAUGGCCCAUCAAUUCCGUCCUGCAUGACUCAUAGAUAACUCUCCCCAGGAGCUAUCUCUGUUUAAUAGGCAAUCAAGGACCCAUUGCAAGACUGAUAAAAUGAUAUCAGUCCAUUGUGAGAUGCUCUGCCCAGGGGGAGGAGCCAAGCAUUCCCACCUGGAUAUAAUCUGGGCUUUGGGACAGCACAGGCAGCCUUACCCACUGGAUUCCCAGAGGACAAGAGCUACCAGACCUUUCUGCAGGAACACUGCUUCAACAAGACCACUUCAUCUGGGCUGCUACCCCCACGGUUUCAGGUUGUAUUCUGACUCUGUCAGUGAUCUUUUGUACCAUUGCAUGUGUUUUAUUUUCUUUUAUUUUACUUUUUUUCCUCUCCUAUUAAAUUGUUUCUUCUGACUUGGAGUCUCUUGCUGGUUUUGCCUUCAAGCCAGCACAUAUAUUUUGGCGGCCAACGUGGGGCAGGAGGUACUGAGAAAAGUCAGAAUUACAAUUUUGUAGUGAGGAAAAAAACAAACAAACAAACGAACAACAACAACAAAAAACCCCUAGCUGUCCGCUAUGAUGCUCAGCAUGCUUUCAUAUAUCUUAUACCUAGCUCUCUACAUUUCCCCACACAUGGGGCAGUAUUUGCCGGUCUUAAUGCUCAUGUGUAAACCAGGGUAUGGUACCAGAAUUGCUGUAUUGGUCUAUUAUGUUUAUUGUGUGAUAACCUCUGAGGCAAUGAGCAUAAUUUCGAAUAUAUACUCUAUUUUGUUUUCUUGUCCUGGUCCAGAAUGCUACAUCUGGGCUCUCAACAAUCGCACCCAGCGCCUGUGGGGAGGGGUAAAGAAUGAUUUUUUCCAGUAUAUUAGGUAUGGCACAGCAGUUUUCGAAAGUAUUGAGUUCUCUCUAGGUGCCAAGGACAGCAUAAUAUUGUUGUUAGUUCUGCUUUGCCUUCUCUGCACGGCCUGCACCAUGUUUAGAAAUCAAACACUACAUGGGGUGGUGCAGCGUCUCCUUGAGGAAGAGGGAAAAAGAAACAAAUGCAAAACAACGGCAUCCGUGUCUACACAAACUGUCGUAGAGGAAACAGGAACCGCAUCUACGCAGACUGUCACAGAGGAGAAAGGAACCAAAACCAAAGCAACAGUGUCAGUGUCUACACAAGCUGUCACAGAGGAGAAAGAAACCAAAGGUGCCAUCAGCAUCUCCACACAAACUGUCACAGAAGCAGAACAACCUAAACCAGUGGCAGUUGCCCCUGUUCAGAAGAAGAAAUCAAAGAGCAAAUCAGUCCGCAUAAUGACUGAUGAGGAUGUGGCAGGACCUUCGCACCCAGCAGAAGAGACAGAGCCAGAGAUCAUCACCCGCUCUCUAUCCCUGGGUGAACUGCGUGACCUGCGGAGGGAAUUCACCCGCCAGACAAACGAGUCCAUCCUGACCUGGCUGCUCCGCAUCUGGGACGCUGCAGCCAAUGACACCAUUCUGGACGGAAGUGAGGCCAGGCAACUGGGAUCGCUGUCUCGGGAUGUGGUCAUUGACCAGGGGAUCGGGAGAACCCAACAAACUCUCAGCCUCUGGCGGCGACUGCUAACAAGUGUGAGGGACAGAUACCUUUGUAAAGAAGACCUCCAGGUGCACCAAGGAAAAUGGAGCACAAUGGAACAAGGUACCCGAUGCCUGAGGGAAUUGGCUGUGCUGGAGAUCAUUUUCUCAGAAGAGGAGAGAUUUCCUAAAAGCCCAGAUGAUGUCCAGUGCACAUCGCAGAUGUGGUUGAGAUUUGCACGGCUUGGACCAGAGAUGUACUCCCGUUACCUGGCAACGCUGCAAUGGAGGGAAGGUGAGGACAAGGUGGGCGUCUUGGUCAAUAAAUUGAGAAUUUACGAGGACACUGUCACUGCCCCAUUUCGUACCCAUGUCUCAUCUGUGGAAACAAGGCUGGCUGAGCAAGUCCGGAGUUUGAUUGAAGAGGGCCAUCAGAAACUGAGAAAGGAACUUAAGGAAGAAAUUUACCACAUCUCGCCAGAACCAACAAGAGUCUCUGCCAUUAGGAGCAGGUACCCACCAGGCAGGGAGAGAGGAUACACUCCACGGGGUAACCUCUGGUCUUUUCUUCGGGAGCAUGGAGAAGACAUGAGGAAUUGGGAUGGAAAACCCACCUCCUCCUUAGCGGCCCGGGUAAGUGAACUGAAGAGAGAGACACCUACCACGAAGAGCUCAUCUAGAGCCAACACUGCUCCAGUCUCAAAGGCACAGGACUCCAGACAGCAUAGGAAGAAUGAUAUGACUGAUCCUCUGGAAGGGACCUCAGGAACAUAUUUACAGGAAGAGAGCAACGUGUACCAUGACCAGGAAUAGGGGGGCCCUGCCUCUAGCCAGGUAGAGGAAAGGGACAAUCGGAUCUAUUGGACUGUGUGGAUCCGAUGGCCUGGCACAUCUGACCCACAAAAAUAUACGGCUUUGGUUGACACUGGUGCCCAAUGUACCCUGAUGCCAUCAAGGUAUGUAGGAACAGAAUCCAUUUCUAUUUCUGGAGUGACAGGAGGGUCCCAGCAGCUGACUGUAUUGGAGGCCGAAGUGAGUUUAACCGGGAAUGGGUGGCAAAAACACCCCAUCGUGACUGGCCCAGAGGCCCCCAUGCAUCCUCAGCAUAGACUAUCUCAGAAAUGGAUACUUCAAAGACCCAAAAGGAUAUCGCUGGGCUUUUGGGUGUGGAGAAUCUUUCUGUGGAGAAUUUUUCUGAUGCAUGGCUGCACAGCAAGGGCCAUGAUACUGUUAAGUCGGUUGGAAUGUAACUAUGUCUAUGUGGUGUACGUGAUGAUUAACAAGGAUAUAAUAUCCUUGAGCACUAGAAUGAUACAACAACAAAGGUGUUGUUAGUACAAAAAUGCUGAAAAAUGCUAGGCUAAGGAACUGAAAAUGCUAGAUUAGGAAAAUUGUAACCGCAAGGCUGAUUACAGAAAGAACAUGCGUCAAAAUAUCAUAAGCCAAUCAUGAGCUAUAGUUUUGUAAUAUGUAUGAACUAAUUAUUGACACUAUAUAUUUGCUAUUAAUCUAAAUAAAGCUGAGACUUGUUGAUCAUCA